UGAAUCUUCUGUCACUCUGCUCCCAAAAUCUUUCAAAACAAGAGAGAGAGAGAGAGAGAGAGAGAGAGAGAGAGAGAGAGAGAGAGAGAAGCUGGAAAGUUUAAGUUACAUAACAUAAUUGAGAUAUUCAUAUGCUGUUUCCACAAAGUUAUAUUAUAUAUGCAUUCUGACUGAAUGAGCUUCUAUGCCUUUGUUUGGUUGAGAUUGCAAAUGCACACCCCUUAUUCCAAUAUGGAAAACUAUCAUCAGUUUCUUUUGCCUUUGCCUUUGGCAAUGAGAAGAGUGUUGUUUGUGCUUGGAAAUCCUUGGAUAAACUUAAAAAGGUGAACUUUAAUGUUGGGGUUGUUGAUUUUAGAAGGUGUAGACUUAUGGCAGUUGCUACUUCACUUGAACCAAAGAGGUUGGCUGCAAAGGAAGAAUCUUCUAAUGAAGAGUUACAAGAACUUGAUGAAAGGGAGACGUUGAGAAGAAUGAGGAUUUCAAAAGCUAAUAAAGGACAAACGCCAUGGAACAAGGGGAGAAAGCACAGUGCUGAAACUUUGCAGAAAAUCAAGGAAAGAACAAGGCUUGCAAUGCAGAAUCCUAAGGUCAAAAUGAAGUUGGCUAAUCUUGGGCAUAAACAGACUACAGAGACAAGGAAGAAGAUAGAUACUUGUUGCAUUGAGUGGCAGAAUUUAAUUGCAGAAGCUUCUAGACAAGGCUAUGUUGAUCAGGAAGAGCUGCUAUGGGAUUCCUAUGAAACCUUAGAUGAACAGCUCAAGCUGGAAUGGUUGGAGAGUGUCAAACAAAGGAAACAAAUGCAAAGGGAACCAGGUAGCAAAAGAGCACCCAAGAGCCCUGAACAAAGAAAGAAAAUUGCAGAAGCCAUCUCUGCAAAAUGGGCUGAUCAUGAAUACCGCGGAAGAGUUUGCUCUGCAAUGGCCAAGUUUCAUGGAACUGAAAUGAAACCAAGCAGGCUAACUGACGAUGGACAGUCCACAAGGAGGAACAUUGUAAUGAAAAAGGAUAUCGAUACUGACACUAGUGUUAAAAGAGGAACUGAAAUUCCUAACCAGAUCUGGUUGGAAAAAAGCAAAUCUCCUGCCCAUAAUGAUUGUUUGAUGAGUUCAAAGCCGGAGAUGAUAAAGAGCAUUAGAGAACAGAGAGCUGCUGCAGAAACCAAACUGACCAAAGCCAUUGAACGAGCUAGACUAUUGAUUGCUGAAGCUGAGAAGGCUGCCAAGGCACUUGAGGUUACUGCUACAAAGAGUCCCAUUGUUCAAGCUUCUCUCAUAGAAAGUAGAAAGUUUAUAGCUGCUGCAAUUCAAUCACUUGAAUCCAUUGAUACACAAGGGUUAACUCUGAGUAAUGUUCCUUCUGUUGCUUUGAGCAAGGUCAAUGAGGAAAAAGAUUCAGAAUUUGAAGCUCUAAACCAAUUACAUAUGGUCCAAGUAAACGGGCACAAAACCUCUUCAUCAAGUGACUACAAGUUCUCUGAAGAUUUUGUCAAAAUUUCAUUGCAGAAGUUCGAUAUAGGUGAUUCAGAACUUCACCUAAAAAGUACCAAUGGCUUUGCUUCCUUCCCUGUCGGUUUUAAGGGUAAUAUAGAGGAAUCCAGUUCAUCAAAUCAACAAAGGGAAACAGAACUGAAUCAGAGUAGUAUUGAGUCCAUUAAAGAUGAAACACUACCUAAAUCAGCUACUGUAACUAAAAAGUGGGUUCGUGGAAGGCUUGUGGACGUGGUUGAAGAGAAACAGGAGAUUUGGUAGAUCAAGCUUUGUUCAUUUAUCUACCUUAAUAAACUCUUUGCCUUCCCCACUUUGGAUUUUCCUUACAAACCCUCUGUUAAUGCUUUGAAAGGAUUAAGUUUUGGAUUGUCCCUAGAAGUAGUCAAACCCAAAAUGAGUCUCAUUGUAUGUAACUAUCCUAAUUUGGCUAUGAUAUGUCAAAUAUAACUUCUUUAUUAUAUAUAUCCAGUGGUUUAUCUA